AUGACGGAAAAACAUUCUACAUCAGCCACUCAAAAUCCGCUGAUUUCAGCUGACGAUCUAAAGGAUGUACUCUUGAAGAAGUUCGCAAUAUUCACAGGGGGUCACGACAAAGAGUUUCGUUCUCUCAUAAUUUUCCAAGAUCUUGGUUUGGAUAAUCUGUGUGACGAUUCAUAUGAUCUUCUUAUGCAGUACUUUUCUUCAUUAUCAUCUAUGCUUACCUGUGUUCAAGAGUUUACUGUCAUAAUCGAUAGACGCACUGGAAACUGGACGGUUGUUAAGUCGGUUAUCACCAAACUGAAUGAGAAGUUUCCCGGGAACCUGCAUCAAAUUUUUGUUAUCAAACCUCAAGGUUUCAUGCAGAAUUUGUUCUUAGAGAAAACAAUUUGCUCAAUACGAAAUAGCUGCAAAAUACCAAUAUUGUUUGUUGACAGAACUGAUGAACUACUGCCUUUCAUUGAUCAGCAGCAUCUGACAACUGAUUUAGGAGGUGAACUUUGCUUUGACAUUGAAGACUGGCUUACCAAUAGGAUACGUAUUGAGGAAUAUUUUGAAGAUGUGGAAAAUUUAUGCACUGAGUUGAAGAAUAUUUUGAAUCAGUAUUAUGAUAAAGACUGCCAACAGGAAGAAAGUCAUCAGCGGCAACUACAACAACAACAUGAUUAUUCUUACGAUUCAUCGUCAGAUGUAUCUUCACUAUUAAAAACCUGUGAAAUGAAUAAUUUCUACAGUUAUGAAAAAAUGCUGGAAUUUCGUAAACAACGUCAUCAUUGGUUACAUCGUGUUAGUGAUUGUGAGACACGAGGUUUGAAAAUACGUGAAUGUUUAUUGUUGAGACAGUCUAAUAAUGGUAAUGAUAAUAACAAUAAUACACAAGAAGAGAACGAUACAGAAGAUGGUACAGUUACAUGUAAUACAUCAUCAGCAUGGGCUAAUACAAGUGAUGCUUAUGAUUUACCAGUUGAUUAUGUUUUUCAUAUGAUCUCAUUUGAUCGGAUAUUCAUUCGACUAACAGAAGCUCGUGCUGAGUUACGACGUUAUUGGAGUGAAUAUAUUAAACGAGUUCGUAUUACAUCAUUUGUUAGUGAUAUUGAAAAACAGUAUUAUGAGUUUUCUGCACUUUCAAAUGCAUGGAAUAAUCUUAUCGAAUCUUUGGUUGAUUAUUUACCAGUUAAAGUGUCCAAUUCAUCCUCGUUAUCUCCACUACACCAUUCUAGUCAAUCAUCUUCAGAUAGUAAUAGUAGUAAUAAGGUGACUACUAAUACUUUAGGAUAUUCACCAUCACAUUGUAUCAUCCAUUCUGCAUUAAAAGAUGACUGUGAUGAAGCGAAUUCAUCGUUGAGUAAAACUAUGUUAGAAGAUUUGGAGUCAUUAUCAUGUCGGAUACUAGAAGCAGAAACUACUGGUGGUCGCCUACUGCCACGAUUGGAAGAGUUGGCUAAAAUUACAAAUACCUUGGAAUCUUUUAUUGUGUGUAAACAAGAGAUAUCUGAUAGUAAUGAUUUGAAGCAUAAUCACGAAGCUUCAUUCCUCUGUGAUGUAAGCGGAUUAUUAAGUGCUGAUUUAAUUCCAAAUAACACUUGUUCCGAAAUGCCAACAACGCUAACAAUCAAUGCCAGUCAUCAAUACACUGAUAUCAAUCAUAAUUCUAGUUUAUCCUUAUGCUCAAGAGAGGAGGAGAUGAGUGAACCAGCAUCGUCUAACGCGGAUGCAUUGCAUGACACUGAUUACACACUAAAUACCAACCUUGAUGAAUGCAUGAAACAACGUUUUCCACCGGUGAGAUUUCCUUCUACUAUCAAAGACUGGUCUAUAUUAUUUAAAAGUAUGAUUGAAUUAGCUAGUACAGAUCUACCGAAAGCAGCUGAUCAAAUCAAUCGGUUAUUACAACUUUAUACAGAAAUAGAUAAUGCUGCAUCAUGGAUUAAAGAAGGACGUAAUUUAUUAGAGACAGUAACGCCACCAGAGAAACUUACUAGCAUGGAUUUAGCAGAAUGUCGAACACAUAUGGAUGAAUUGGUUGCAUUUACUACUUCACGUCAAACAAGAUUAGAAUUACUGGGGAAUCCGAAAUUAUUUCAUACACGAUUAGCUGGAUUGCUGGAUGCUGAUUUGAAGACUCAACUAAGUAAAUUAUUAAAACAAGUGGAGGAUUUAGCUCAAAAUUGUAAUCUUGCUAUUGCUUCAGUUCGUCAACACAUAUCACGUACAAGUUUUCCAAGGAAUCAUCCUAAUUCUCAGUCUUUUGCCAGUAGUAAUAAUAGUACUAUAACUAGUCCUGAAAGAAAUUCACCUGUUCAAGAAGGUGUUGAAUCAGGGCGAUUAUCAUCAUCUUCAGAGGGACUUAACAAUAACAAGGUAAACAAUUCAGUCUCAUUAUGUCAGCUACCAAGACUGGGGUCAUCAAAUUCAUUAUCAACUCCGGCUAAACGAUAUCAAUUAGCCUGGAAAGAAUUAGUAGAUACAGAGAAAUCUUAUGUCAAUUUCUUACAGCAUGUGUAUGAUGUCGUCUGGUUAAAUUCUGUGGAUAAUGAUGUCAAUUGUGAGUCAGGAUAUCGUUCUUAUCCUCAGCCAACAUUUAUGCGUGAUAAUCAAAAUCGUCUGCUUUGUAACUGGCCAGAGAUACUUCGUUUUCAUAGAGAUUCUUUACUACCACAUUUGGAGGCGUGUGAUGGGAAUGCAGAAAAAAUCAAAGCUUGGGUAUUUCUUAUGGUCCCACGUCUUGUCGACUUAUAUACUGUUUAUUGUUCACUUCAUGAAUGUGCAGUCCAAUUGAGUGUUGUACUUGAAAAAGAUCGUGUUUAUUCCCCUUGGAUAACAGCAUGCAAUGAAGAGAUAUAUCGUAGAGAAAUGUUGACAGGUAAAAUGAACAAUCAAGAUGCGAUACAAUCAUCGAAUGAACUGACUCGGCCACUGUUAUUAUUCAGUUCUCGUCUUGUCACGCCUGUACAACGUUUUCAACGUUAUCAUUUAUUACUAGACAGACUUGUGAAACAUGAAACAAAUGAAUGUGAUCGCGCUGAUCUACAAAUUGCACAUAAAACUGCUUCAGAACUAUGUGAAACAAUAAAUGUUGCUAUGCAACUUCGCGGAUUAUCAGUUCGUCCAUCUGAAUUAGGCCAAUUUCUAUUGGAAGGUGAUUUCACUGUAUCACGUGAUGAUGUCCGGUUCAUGUCUAGUAAACAACGUCAUGUCUUUUUGUUUACUAAUGCUAUCCUACUGACUAAAUAUCGUACAUCAGCCAGUUCACCGAUACCAAUAUUAACUUAUUCAAAUUCAACAAGUGCUCAUCUAUCAAAAGACUAUUCUCUUGAUUCUUAUGAAAAGUCAACAGUCAAUGCUUAUAAUACACAGAAUCAAUCAAACAAUUCAACAAUGGGUGGUACAGCAUCAAAUUUAUUAGCAUUCACUAAGUCAUUUACCUCCAACAGUGGGAAUAACAGCAAUAACAGUAGUAGCAUAAGUAAUAAUCUAGUAUCGAAUUCAACAGCAAUAUACACUUCUGGUCCAUUUUAUGAAAUUAAACAAGAACUAGAGCUUUCUAAAAUUGGACUAACUCCCCAUUUCCAUGGAGAUCGUCGACGAUUCGCUGUAUGGACAGCUAAGCGUGCAGUCACUUUUAUAUUUCAAUCCUCUGAUCCAUCUACUAGAGAUACAUGGGUUAAAGUUAUUAAUGAAUUAUUAAUGAUGCAAUUACUUCGUGAUCGAUAUAAAGUUCUUAAUAAUAGUAGUAAUAAUAAUAAUAGUAACAAUCAAGUUAUACAAAGUACAAAGUUACAAUCUGUUGAACAGACACACUUUAAUUCAAAUGCAUCAGAUCGUAGUAAAAGUCUACCAGUUGGUGGUAAAUCCUUAUCACAAGAAAAUCGAUCGAAAAAAGGAUCCGUUGUAUCAUUACCAUCUGCAGUAGUUGAUCGUAAUUCAGAUAACUCUCAUUUAAAUCGAUAA